UUUUCUUUUCGCUACAUCGUUGGCCGCAUUCCGAGCGACGGCCGUGGAGACGAGUCGACGCAGGAGUCGAACAUAUACGAACCAUGAGAGGACGCUUUCUCUACAGACAGGAGCGUCACUGUCGCAGGGGACUAUAGAAGGAAGACGAAGAGGAGGAGAAGGGACGAAGGGCCAGCUCGGACUAAGACAGCGCAUCUUCUGUGAUUUAUUUGAGGGGCGCGGGGGAUUCUCUCUCCAAGUGCGUGGGGAAGACGAGCUGCGACAUUUGGUUGUUUUCCGAAUAGGAACGCGUCGGAAUCACCCGGCGUGGCCGUAGGUCGACAUGUGAAGGAUUUUAUCGACGUUUCACUUCUUUUUGGGGGGGAGGGGAGGAUGGGGGUGGACAGGACGCUAUACGACAUCUGAUGUUUAGAAAUAGGACGUUCCACCAUAUUAAAGCUCGCUGCUUAUUAGUAAAUAUUGAAAUUUAUUGCUCUCGCGCUUUCUGGAACCCUCGAGAGUUUUUAGGAAUAAAAGGGUUCAUUUUUUUUUUUUUUGAACAGUUUUUUAAGCUACUGCUGAACCUCUUACGUAAUGUGUGAGAGUGCCUCGGUUGUCCUUUGAAUCGCGCCCCUUCACACCUUAUCCUCUCCUAUGCACACGUAGACUCACCUGAGCAUACACAUCAUGCAUACAAAAUAGGACAAACACACAUCACCCCUACUCCACCUCCAUCACCGCCGCCACCAACUGAUGAAUCCGCGCUAUAUAGGUGGACGUGGCACGGACCCAGCUGUAACAUCCUCCUCCUCCUCCUCCCCCUCCUCCUCCACCUCCUCCUCACCACUAGAGCCGCCACUAUCUUCACCGUUCUCUUCCUCGCCAGCAUGUCCUCAUCGUCGCGCAAGAUCUCCUCGGAGUCUUUCAGCAGCUCGGUGGGUUCCGAUUGCGGGCUCGAAAGCCCCGGGGGAGACGGAGGAGACGGCGGGCUGGAGGCGGCCGAGGAGCUCCGAGGAUGCCCCUUCUCCUCCAUCCACAGACCGCUCCUCUGGAACGGCCGCAGCCCCGCCGAAAGGCUCGCAUGCCCGGCGGGUGAAGAGCAGCCAGCAGUCGGCGGGCCACACAAGAGGGUGACUCGGAGAAGAAGGGUGAACCUGGAUUCGCUCGGCGAGAGCCUGAGGCGGCUAACAUCACCCACGACACAGACUGUUCAAGAGGCUCUGCAAAGGACUCUGAAGUUUUACAGGCAACAAGAGAUCAGGUAUCAAGAUUCUGGUAAGGAGGACCAGCAAAGGGAAAGUAAAGAUGAGAAGUGCCCAUUUCUAGAAAAUUCUGGUUCAGAAGAGGACGUCCUUCAAAUCCUGCAUUACAUGGGCACCAUCCUUGGAGUACCAUUCUUUGAACUGCGCGAGCAUUUUGGUGAGGAGUUCUUCGGCCUGUGCUUUGAAGAAAACGAACGCGUGCUCAGGGCCGUAGGUGGCAACCUCCAGGACUUUUUUAACGGCUUUGAUGCCAUUUUGGAACACAUUCGCACCUCCACGGGUCGGCGUGCCUCGUCGGAAAGCCCCUCGUUUCAGUGCAAAGAUCCUCACGAGGAGGUGAAGGGCCGAGUAAAAUUGGACAAAGCCGGGGAGCGAGGAGCACAAGAUGGCCGCCGGAAGUUGUUGCUCCUACAUUGUUUUAACCCGGCCCCUGUGGUGAGCUUGAUCAUGCCUGGGCUUAUCAGAGCGGUUUCCAGACGGAUUUUUCAUUUUGAAGCGAAGGUCGAUGAAGUGUCCCCUCUGACUCCUUUAUUGCCCAAAGAAGAAGCGCAUCACAGCGAUGGUGAUUCCGCCACACCAACUCCGACUGCAUCCCCGUCUGGCUCUCCCUCCUCCUCUCCCUCUCCACCUUCAACUUUUCCAACCACUGCUCCCACGGUUUGCGUGUCUUUCCAAAUUCAGGAAACUUGUCCUUCCUACUCCCUCCCAAAUGCCAAGAAAGCCCCCAUUUCUCUUUCAACAAGCCCCAGUGAUUUACGCAUCGGCCUGGCCACGUUUUGCCGUGCCUUUCCGUUCCACCUUGUUCUCGGCCCUCGGAUGGAACUUUUGCAGCUGGGUGAAGGAUUGCGACGGCAGGCUCGCAUCGAGCCUCAUCGGAGUCUCUCCUUCAGGGACUCUUUUGAGAUCGUCUCACCCAAGAUGGAGCCUUCGUUCCAGGGGAUCCUACUGAGGCUUGCUUCUCCUUUUACUAUCCGUACAAGGCCAGAUACCACACAACUAGGGACCAAGGAAAAGGUCAUGGAGCUCAAGGGUCAGAUGAUCCAUGUGCCAGAGUCGUGCUCUUUGAUGUUCCUGGGCUCACCACGUGUUGACAAAUUGGAGGAGCUCAUGGGCCGGGGCCUCUACUUGUCAGAUAUCCCAAUCCACGAUGCCAAGCGGGACGUCAUCUUGGUGGGGGAGCAGGCCAAAGCUCAGGAUGGCCUCAAAAAGAGGAUGGACAAACUCAAGGCCACAUUAGAGCGCACUCACCAGGCAUUGGAGGAGGAAAAGAGAAGAACCGUGGAUCUCCUCUAUUCCAUAUUUCCAGGCGAUGUGGCGCAGAAACUGUGGCAAGGUCAACCGGUGCCCGCUCGCAAAUUCGAUGGCGUCACCAUGCUGUUUUCCGACAUCGUGGGCUUCACCGCUGUGUGCGCACAGUGCACGCCAAUGCAGGUCAUCUCCAUGCUCAACGAGCUGUACACUCGCUUUGACUACCAGUGUGGGAUUCUCGAUGUUUAUAAGAUAGAGACCAUAGGUGAUGCCUAUUGCGUGGCAGGAGGUCUUCACAAGAAGGUCGACAGUCAUGCAAAGCCCAUCGCACAAAUGGCUCUAAAGAUGAUGGAGCUUUCCGAAGAAGUGCUCACCCCUGAUGGAAAGCCUAUUAAGCUGAGAAUUGGCAUCCACACAGGCUCCGUCCUGGCUGGUGUGGUUGGAGUUAAAAUGCCGAGGUAUUGCCUAUUUGGGAACAAUGUGACCCUGGCUAGCAAAUUUGAAUCAGGGAGUCAUCCAAGGUGUAUAAAUGUCAGCCCUACAACCUACCAGCUGCUUAAAGAUGACCGAUCAUUUUCCUUCAUCCCUCGUUCGCACCUGGAGCUCCCUGAGAAUUUCCCCAAAGAGAUCCCAGGAACCUGUUAUUUCCUGGAGGCGGGAACGUCUCACAGCCAUGCAUCAUUGACCAGCUCUCGCUCCGCUCCCCCGGCCUCUAUGAGGAAAAUCUCCUACAGUAUCGGGACCAUGUUUCUAAGAGAAACCAGUUUGUAGGUAUCAUAAAGGAUGCGGGAGACCAGAAUCGAACCCUUGCAGCUGACAGGACGCCCAAUAACACACAUUGUGGAUAUGCAAAUGACAACCUGGGCUCAGUGCUGCGGGAUGGAAGAACAUAGAAGAAAUGAGUUUUGUCGCAGAUGAAUCCUACUUUGGAUCACUUAGUGGAGGAAAUUGAAGGGGUUUAGCUUCUGAGCCACUCAUGACAUAGAGCUCUCCUCAGCAGUCUUUUGUGUCACACGAAAAACUUUUACACAACACACACCUCCUUCCAUCCCUUCCAAAUGACCGAAUUCAUGUCCUACAAGCCAUUAAUAUUGUGCAUUACAAUGGCAACCAAACCCCCCCCCCCAACCUCCGAGGAACAGUUGUGGCAGACGAGAGACAGACAAAGAGCAACGAGGGGUUAGUUAUGAGAGGGAAAAAAAAGCUGAUAAUAGGAAAAAUAACAAUGCCAAAAAAUGCUAGAACUAGAGCCUUUUUCUGCUUUUAACUUACAGCAAACUGUAAUCUACAACAAUCCAGCCAUUUCAUUGCAGGUAAUAUGUUCAAAAGUGUCAGUUUGAAAGUAAUUCUCAGCUCAGUGCCUUUUCUGCUCAAAUCAGGACAACAACAACAAAAA